CUGAAAACUGCUGUGUGGAAGAAGAAGGCUAGUCUUAAGGGCUCCUCCUUUGUGCUGUCUGAGUUUCUAACCCACCAACGUCAGUCGUUGUUCUUGCUCGCGCGCAAAAGAUUAGGGAUGAAGAACUGUUGGACAUUAGACGGGAAUAUCAUUGUUAAGCUUCCCGAUGGCACCAGACAUCGUAUUGAUACCGAGGAGAGCCUUUCUAAAUUGACUGUAAAUACCGAUGUCGCUGCUGAGGCACCUUCAAGCGGAAAUCAGGACUCAUCAUCAGGAUACAAUUCCAAACCCAAGCGAGCAGUGAGGGCAAAGAAAUAG